CGCGAGGCCCGCAGGGUCUCCCCGCAGCACCGGACCACCCUGCCCGUGAGCCUCGAGCAGGUAUUUUAACUGGGAAGCAUGGAAGUGUUGCGGGGCCUGCCCUAUUAUUACAGAGAACUUGAAGGAGCGGACACUUUAUCGGAUACCUUUAAAUCCAACGAGAUCCUGACGCCACUACGGACACCGUCACGACUAACGUCGUCACAGUCCAGGUAUCGGGAGUUAAGAAAAUCACUUCAAGUGAGCAGGCUGCCGUGGGGAUCAGAACGGGAAUACGGUGGCAUUGCCCCAGUGACCCUGCCAGCAGAUCACAGACCAAAAUCUGAGCCUCCUCCUCUCCUCAGUAAAGGGCGCCAACAUUAUGGGUUUGGUGGAGAUUCAUGGCCCAGGGGCUAUCCCAUUGAACAGUACUACGAUUUGACCCAGAGGAAAAAGAGCAAAUUAUAUGGAAACGACUCCUUACUCCCUAAACCGCCUAGCACCAAGGCUGAACAACUGUGCGUGCCAUUUCCAAUCGAGCAUCCCUAUCACACUCACAUCCCUAGAUGUGCUUUGUUCCCAACUUUUACAUCACCCGGGGAUCAAAACACGGGCAUCCUAGCAGCUGGACACCAGCCGUUCCCUCCCACCAUGCCCACCAAGAAUUACGAUACAACGGUUUUGAAGAAGACGAAAGGCAAUCCGUACAGACACGAAGUCAUUGAUUUUCCCACGGAUUCCCAGAAGAAACCUUUACAGUGGCCGGGUCAGCGCACGUAUUUUCAUCUUCCUAAAUUCGUUCAGGGAAGCAACCAGCUAUUCUACCCCAAACCACCUAAAGCUUUGGCUCCUAACACCAAUUCAAAUAUUUGGGACCCCAGUUUCCUUGCAAGAGUGGCCAACAUCCAGAGAAACCUGGAGCGAGCCACUUGGAUGACAACAAACAAGCGUAAUUUCACAGGUUUGGGGCCCAUGAACCCCCUGGAACUGGAUGAUUAUCAUGAAAAGGAGGUUGCCAAGUUAACUGGAGAGAAACGGUUCGACUCAGAGCCCAAAGAAAAAUCCCACCCGACCUUCUCCCGACCAAGACCGCUGGAAGGGCGCAUCGCCCGCCUGCUUCAGGGCCGGCGACCUCAUGGGUCAGAGUCACGAGACAAGCCGCCCUCCCGCCCGGAGCGCACCCCCGCGCCCCUGGGCGUCGUCCAGGCUACCACUCCGGGGCCGGGGCCGAUGGAGACGAGCACGCCGUCCGGCGUCGAACGCGGAGGGCAGAUUUCAAAAGCCGACAAGGAGAUCAAGGAAGUACCGCCACCCCGGGCUUUCUCUCGACUCCCACCUCUCCACGAUCAGGUGGUGUUUUAUGAAGUAAACCCUUUCCCGAAAAUCACUGACACCUGCCAGACAGAGUCUUUGUACUGGAGGCAGCUAGCGGUGAGCCCCGAACCCAUCUUCUGUGAAGAUCUGAAACCCAGGCCUCACAGUCAGUACCCUGUGGGCCAAAAGGCGGUUCGCCUUAGCAAGCCGGGUUUUCCGGGGGACCGAAGAGACCAAGGAGUCGCCCAUUUAGAACCCGUUUCCAGUCCACUCCCAGCCCCUCCGAAUGCCGGGGACUUGGAAGACGAGCGAGACGCCGGACCCCCCAGGAUCAAUGCCGAGGGGGCUCGCCCUCAGACAUCCUUGAUGGAGCGGCAGGAUUCUUUCUCUAAAACGGACACGCGCAGACGCUUCCACGAAUCGAUCCAAGAAAGCAAAAUAGACCUCAGGGAUAAUCAUCGUUUUGGGAGGAGAUACAGGUUCUACGGCUUCCAUUCAUUUUAUUUCCAUAAUUGAUAUCUACUCCCGUGUCCCUCGGAAACUUCACGGCUGCAAGGGGAGAAAAAGAACCGAAUCCCCUGCUUAGGGUUGCGGCGCUCUGAAGACCGCUGGGUUGCUGAAAACCCUUGCCCCUGCCGUUUCAAAUCAAGCAGUCUUGCGCGUUAGUGGAUCAGAAAAAAAGCAGUGUGAAAGGUUGAGAGGUUAAAUUAAAUUUCCAGGCACAGCACAGGCCGUCUUGGAGUCACGAGGAGGGACAGAGCACUGACCUGAAGUCCUAAUAAAAAAGAAGAGGUCACUAGGGAUUCGUUCCCUACCGACCUGAAGAACUUCGGCGGCAUCGUUGGGGAUGACGGGGGUUUUGCCAAACGUAUCGCGGAGGUGGAUCUCUGGCA